GUUGUUCUUAUUCUCCGCGCUUUUGCCGGAAUUCUUUCUAGCGCGAAGCCCGCGGCAUCGGUGCCGAACCAAAGGGAAGUUUCUUUUCUAGCGCGCUCGUGUUUCGAGGCAGACGUUCGGAAUUAAUUCUUCUUCCUCGGAGCGACGUUGUUUCUCGUAAGGGGUGCAGGAUUUUCCUACAGUGUUGCACAGAGCGAGACUGUAACGUUGGCUUUCAAGCCUGACGCGGACAACAUCCAGGCCGUUAAACGUUCUACUUUUAUCAUAGAAGUACGCGAAUGUUAACGAGCGCGGUAAUGCCAGGUUCGCGUGAACGCCUACGCGGAAUUUUCGUCCGGAAUCGACCAAAUGUCCAGUAUCCAGUGAGAAAUUGCGCACGAUUAGACAUAACGCUAUGCGCGAAUUGUAGGCGUGCCUAGCCGGUUGCUACCUCGUAUGAAUCAUUCGCCGUGAAUAUCGAACGCUAGUCGAGUCAAGAUGAGAAGCCGGAAUUUGUAUCUCGGUUACUUUUCCUUGCAAGCUGCUCCUUGAAACUCAGAAAAUGAAAGCCAUCAUCGAGCAGUUGCGAUCCGAUGUAGAACUUUCAUCUUGCCGACGUACUAUUCCAUUUAAGUUAAGUUGCGACUGCGACGAAAAGUUCCGUCAAUGUCUUAAAACAUCGAAAGACGAAACAAGCGCCAAGAUGGUAGGAUUCGGUUAUUUCACCUUAUUGAGAACGCAAUGCUUCCGAGUGGAUUAUCCUAUCGUGGACUGCAUAGAAAGAUCCUGGUUUUUGAGACGUUGUAAGAAGUACAAGUUCGAUACGAAAGGUCAGAAAAAGUAUCAGUGGUUCGAUUUACUUGAAUACUAAUCUUAAGGGCGAUCCACAGACGACAUCGAACAUCUUCAAAAAAGUCGAUAUUGUAGAACUCAAUUUGUAACAAAGUUGUAAAAUAGCAGCGUAAGGAUAUAAAUGUCACAGCCUAUCAAAAUUACGAUAUGUCGCAGAUAUUCACAGACUAAAUAAAACGUUGAUAGAACCUUCUAAA